AUGACUGACAUUUUACUGAAGGAAGCAUAUGUUUUCAUUCGUAUGAUGUACGCUCGCAGAUUUUUAACUAAGUGUUAUUAUGGCUAUUUUGUGCUUAUGGUUGUCUCUAGGUCGCAUACCAAUCCCACAACCAAGCAUACCAACCUCAAGAAAAAGGACAUACCAACCCCACAACCCAUACCAAACCUCACAACAGGCAUACCAACCUCACGACCACCAACCUCACAAAAAAAGGACACACCAACCCCACAACCAGGCAUACCAACCCCACAACCAGGCAUACCAACCCCACAACCAUGUAUACCAAUCUCACAAAAAAAGGACAUACAAACCCCACAUCCAGGCAUACCAACCUCACGAAAAAAACAUCACAACCUCACGACAAAGUACAACUCACGACAAAGAAAUUCACAACUCACGAAAAGACAUUCACAACCCCACAACCAGGCAUACCAACCCCACAACCAGGCAUACCAACCUCACAAAAAAGGACACACCAACCCCACAAUCAGGCAUACCAAUCCCAAGACCAGGCAACUCACGAAAAAGGACAUACCAAAGGCACGAAAAGGUCAUACCAACCCCACAACCAGGCAUACCAACCUCACAAAAAAUGACAUACCAACCCACAACCAGGCAACAACCCACAACCAGGCAUACAACCACAAAGGCUACCAACCUCACAAAAAGGGCAUACCACCCACAACAGGCAUACCAAACCCCACAACCAGCAUACCAACCCCACAACCAGGCAAACAACCCCAACCAGGCAUACAACCUCACAAAAAAUGA